UUGGCCGAAACGUCGAUUUUCCUGCUCCUAGGAUGCUGCCUGACCUGCUGUGCUUUUCCAGCGCCACACUCUCGAUAUAAAAGUCCCAGUUAUUCUUCGACAGGAGGACAGAAAGGAGAACGGAGUACAAUUCAAGUCUUAGUAAUGACUAUGGAGACUGCCGGACCUAUUGAGAUUGUUUCAGCACGUUCUGAUAUUUAAAGACAUGCAAGAAAGUUUUGGUUAAAAAAAAUCGGAUCGAACAUUUGGGACCCGUACAAUUCCGCGCUAACUUCCCUGUUGGUAGCAGGCCAGAAAGAAGCCAAAGGCAGUAUUGAACAGUUGAGCUUUACAGCGACAGUGAUUUCCAGUAACUAGCAGAAUGAAACUGCUCCUCUUCUGGACCCACCCACAGCCGCUGGAAGAUUUUUUUUCUCUGGAGGUUAUUUCCUUCCAGGCGGGUAGAUGCUGUGAGUGUUGUUGUCUAACCCACGGGAUGUAAUGGCUGGACAGUAUUGCCGGUCUAGCAGCUCGGAAUCCGCCGUUCCUAUGAUCAGGGCGAGCCCCAGGGCAGGAGCCUCGGCAAACUGCAAGCUGGCAUUGGUCGGCGGGCUCACUGCGGUUUGCUCACUCGCCUUAACUGCGGGAAUGGUUGUGCAUUUCACAAGAGAAAUCGCAAAGAUUAAAAAUCAGAAUGCUCCUCAGGAUCUGUGGUGUCUGAAUAAUCCCACCAAAUUUGAAGAACUAAUCAGUACUGAGACUGAAGACUUGAGUGAUCAGUUCACAAAAGAUCCCUGCUGGAAACUCGCUAACAAUAUUAAAUUGCUUGUAAACAAGGUAGUAGACCAUACAAACAAGAAACGAGUAAUCAAAGAUGUAAUGGACAAUUUACCUGUAGAUGUUUUUAAAACUGCAGCAGAAUUCGAUGACAAACCAGCAUACCACUCCUCUGCUCAUCUCACUGUACAAUCUGGGUCUCAGCAAGGUAUGUCACACUAUGCACACCAGUCAUGCCGUCACCUUGUUAAAUGGGGUUUUGAGAAAGGUUUAGCCUAUGUUCAGAACAUGACGAUCAAUCAUGGAAAAUUGCGAGUCAGUGAAACAGGCAAAUACUACAUUUAUGCUCAGACUUACUUCAGAUAUCAGCACAAGGCUGAUGAUGAGGACUUUUCUGAAAUACCUAAUGAGCAACAACUUGUGCAGUGCAUAUACAAGAUGACAACUACCUAUGCAUCGCCAAUCCUGCUCAUGAAAGGUGUAGGAACAAAAUGUUGGGCAGCGAAUGCUGAAUAUGGUUUGAAUUCCAUCUACCAAGGAGGACUUUUUCAGUUGAAGGCUGGUGAUGAAAUAUUUGUUACUGUUUCUGAUAUAAGAUUAAUAGAUGAUGAUGUAUCAUCUAGCUACUUUGGAUCCUUUAGACUGAGUGUGUAAGGGGUUCUAAUGAUCCCUGCUGAGAAUAAUGCUGCACAAAUCAGAUUCCAGAAUGAAAAUUGGCCUGAGAGACUUUUCUUUAAUUUUGCAGUUGGUGAAUGUGGUGGUUAACCACUGAAAUAUAUUUGUAUGAGGUUGUGCAUGUUCUUUAACAACAGAACAUGAGUUUAUUUCACAGAGGAAAAAAAAAUAUAUAUACACAAGACAGUCACAAAGAUCUAAACUUGUACAUCAAAGCAAAGUUCUCAGUUGUUUCUUAACAUUAUCCAUUACAGAGAUUCAAUCCCAGACAAAGAUCACUGCUAAAUUAGCAUUUUAAAAAAUCUUUAUUUAACCGACUCUCCCCAAUUUCUUUCUCUUGAACUAUGGAGACAAUCUUACAAUUCUGUGUCUGUUGACAUAAACCUCCAAAAAUGCUGAUGACCUAAAUUUUCUAAGUGGUCUUGGCUUGGAAGCUCUGCAUACUAGAAACUACUUCCACUGACUGUAGGUGGUUCCCCUGAAGUGACUGGAUUCUUCUGGAAGAAGAAACAUUUUUACCUUCUGAAUUCUGUGUACAUUUGAAUUAAAACUUUGAACCAUUUCCGUUCUGUGUCAAACAAAAGUAAUUGCCUUAAUAUGUUUACACUGUCUGUCAUAAGACCAACAGUAUAAACGUUUUAUCCAUUAACACCCUUACUGGAAUUCUCCUCGGCACUUAGUGCAGUCUCAUGGUUUUUUGGAACUGAUGAAUAUAGGUCACCAGACUGUCCCAAACUGACUUGCUGACCUUUGGCAAAACAUGUUCACAGGACUGACCCACGUCAUCUGCUUCAAGUUUAAUGUCAAAGUCUAAAUAUCUAAUAUAUAGAUAUAAUACACUUUUCAUCACAUCACCACACAGUGGCAGCAGCGUGAACCAUACACAAGAUGCACUGCAGAAACUUAUCAAGGGUCCUUUUACAGCACGUUCAAAACCCAUGACAUCAAUACCAAGAAGAACAAGGAGAGCAUGGGUGUAAAUACCACUGCCUGCAAGUUCCCUUUUCAACAGACCACUCCAAUUCGGAAAUGUAUCAACAUUUCUUCCCUCACCAAAUAAAUAUUCUAGAAUCCUAUUCCUAACAAUACAGCAGGCAUACCUACAACACAACCUCAAACAGAUAAAAGAUAGCAGCUCACCACCACCUACUUGGAAGCUUAUAGGGAUGUGCAAUAAACUUUGCUCUCACCAGCAAUGCUCACAUCCCAUAAACAAGUUAAAUGAAAACUGAUUUUAAUUUCAGAUAAUAAAAGUUUUCUUUCAAACAAAA